AUGAGCUAUUCAAUCCCGUCAACGCAGAAAGCAGCUUUGAUCGAGAACCCUGGAGACAACGCCCGCAUCAUAUUUCAAUCGGAUCUACCGGUUGGCGACCCUGGGGAACACGAGAUCCUUGUAAGGCUUGAAUUUACUGGUCUUUGCGGUUCAGAAGUCCGUGCUUUAUCUGGAUGGGGUCCCUAUAACUCCAUAGUCGGCCACGAAGGUGUAGGAAAAGUCGUCAAACUCGGCAAAGGCGUUAACGCAAACCUACUCAGCAAGCGAGUCGGCGUGAAAUGGCUCUACAGCGCCUGCGGGACAUGCACCAUUUGCAAAACUGGCUAUGCUAAUAACUGUCCCAACCAGCUCAACACGGGAAAACAUGUUCCCGGCACUCUGCAAUGGUACAUGAUCGCUGAUGCGAGAUACGUCACUGAGAUUCCGGAUGGUCUCGCUGGUGAAGUUGCUGCGCCGUUGCUUUGUGCUGGGUUAACGAUGGCUGGUGCCGUGUCGAAGCUCAAAGGAUAUGCUGACAAGGGUGAUUGGGUUGUUAUUUCUGGAUCUGGUGGGGGACUGGGGCAUUUGGGUGUUCAGAUCGCUAGUAGGUUGAACGGUCUGCGGGUUAUCGCUGUUGAUACUGGAGAAUCGAGGCGGAAGCUGAGUUUGGACAGUGGCGCUGAGCACUUCAUCGACUUUGCCACUGAGAAUGUAGAAGAAAGAGUUAAGGAGAUAACGGGGGAGGGAGCAUCAGCUGUCCUGGUGGUGACAGGCUCUCAAGAAGCUUUCGUGCAAGCACCAAGUCUGGUACGAAAUAUGGGCAUCAUCGUCACGAUUGGUCUGCCAAGAAACGACUUCAACAUCCCGCUCUCUGCAACUAUAUGUUCCGCAAGAUCCCUGACUGUUACCGGAGUCGCGGUUGGCACGGAAGAGCAGAUGACGGAACUCUUGCAGCAUACCCUCGAAGGAACGAUAGUCCCGAAGGUAAUGGUUCUAGACUUUGAGCAAGUGGGAGAUGUUAUUGAGGGCUUGAAACGGCAGGAGAUUACUGGUAGAAUAGUCGUGAGAAUACCAUAA